UAUAAACCUACCCAACUAUUUUCAAAGUAUUUCUCUUUAAUCUGCAAAACUAACUGGUUUGUCGAGCUCGAUUACGUACUGCUCAUAUUUGCUAGUUUGAAAACCGAACGAGGGGGUAACAAGAUUGCGGCGACGAAAUGGUGACUCCGGGGUUUAGAUUUUACCCAACAGAAGAAGAGUUGAUAUCGUUCUAUUUAAAGCACAAGAUAGAACCUGCAGGAACAAACAGAUUGCAGCAAUGUAUCGAUAGAGUCAUACCUCAGCUUAAUGUUUACGAUUUCUAUCCAUGGGACCUCCCUCAAUAUGCCGGAGAGCGUUGUCAAGGAGACACCGAGCAGUGGUUCUUUUUCGUUCCCAGACAAGAAAACGAGGCGCGAGGCGGAAGACCAUCCCGCCUCACUAGUUCCGGCUACUGGAAAGCCACCGGCUCACUAAGCAUUGUUUAUUCUUCUAGUAAUCGCGCCAUCGGGAUCAAGAGGACCAUGGUUUUCUACAACGGUAGAGCUCCUACAGGGACAAAGACCAAAUGGAAAAUGAAUGAAUACAAGGCUUUUCAAGAUCAAUCCUCAAACAGAAAUCCCAAGGUGAUAACGGAAUUAAGUUUGUGCCGAGUUUAUGUAAAAUCAAAUAGUUUGAGGGCAUUUGACAGAAGGCCGUUGGGAGUUAUGAUACAUGAGAAACUGCCAAUUCCGCAAACCCUUCAAAAUAACGAACAUGAUACAAGCACAUCAACUCAUCUUAGCCCUCCAUUGACAUUACAGAGCACGACGACCAAAUCUGACCGUAGUCAUAAUCACUCCUCAAAUGAUCAAACUGUUAAUUAUUAUUCUCACUCUAUGAUGGAAAGUGAUGAUCUACCUUUGUGGGAUUUGGAAGAACUUAGUAAAUGCUUCUAAGUGUUCACCUUUUGGAAGUAGAAAAUACGACAUAGAUUUAAAAUAUUUAAUUAUACAUGUAAAUGUUGGGUUUAAUCUUAAAGCAGUUAGUUUAAAUUUAUUACAUACUUGUUAAUCUAAUGUGAUGUUCAUCGAUAAAGUCUAGAUAAGUUUGGUUGGUAUAUUUAUCUAGGCAGGAGUCAUUAUAUGAUUAUGAUAAGUGGCUUGGUGAUCAAGUAAGGCUUAGUAUA